AUGUCCAUCAGGCAGUCCGAUGUGGUCAUGCUCAUGUCCAUGACACGGUCAACUCGGCAACGACGGUUCCUUCUUGCCCUCUUGGCAUCUCAGGCCGUGGAAAGGCCGUUGAUACCGAAUAUUCGGUUUAACCUACUUGGUUUGUCCAACGCAAAUGCCAUCUUGGACUACCGUUUCGACAUUGCUGGCAUCCGCCAGCUCGGCUACCAUCUCGGUCUUCCUGCUGUGCUCGUGACUGCAAGCCAGAACCGAGUCCUCCGAGACGAAGCAAUGUGCAUACUGCUGGGGCGACUUGCGUUCCCUACACGCCUCCACGACAUGUCACGAACGUUUGGAAGAUCGCGAUCGUCAAUUUGCGAUGUAUUCCUUCAUGUCGUCAACUUGCUCUACAACCUAUGGGGCCGUGUAUUGUAUUUCAACAAAUCCUUGGUUGUCAAGAACAUUGACCGAUACUGUGCGGCUGUGGCUCGAAAGGGUUCGCCCUUGCCUAACGUUUACGGUUUCAUUGAUGGGACGAAGAUACAAACGUGUCGUAUUGAGUCGGUCGGAGACGGCAACAACCGGCAGAAGCAAAUCUAUAGCAGUGACAUGCCCGAUGGCAUUUGCGUGCAUUUCUUUGGGCCGGUGGAGGGCCGUCGCCACGACGCGACAAUGCUGCGGGAGAGUAAGCUGCUUGAGUUCUUCCAGAACAAUCGAGAAGUAUUUUUUUCCAAGUAUAUUUACGGUGACCCAGCGUACGGAAUUGUGGAGUACCUUCUGUCCGGAUACAAAGGGAAUGAUGUUGGCGUCCUCAAACGCGACUUCAACAAGUGGAUGAGUCGUGUUCGCCAGUCCGUGGAAUGGAACUUCAAGAUUUUCAAGACUUUGUGGUCAUUUAUUACAUUCAAGAUCCUGUCCAAGAUCCGACUGUCACCUGUGGCCAAGAUUGUGUGCAUUGCCAUGCUGCUCACGAAUUGUCACUGCUGCCAUUUUCGUGGCAACCAAAUCAGCCAGUACUUUGACCUCGAGCCACCUACGUUGAAAGAUUACCUGAACAUGUUGGAAAUUGUAGAAGUUUAA